AUGGCUGGAGGACCAUUAUUCGACCGAUUUGGUGCAAAGGUUAUUCGGCCCGCUGCAAUCGUUUACAUUUUCGCCAUGAUGAUGCUGAGUUUAUGCAAAACAUACUGGCAAAUUAUCCUCGCCCAAGGAGUCCUGAUGGGUAUUACCAUGGGACUACUGCAAAUCCCCGCAUGCGCAGCCGUGUUCCAGCACUUCGACAAGAAACGAGCCGCUGCCAUUGGGGUAACCCGGAUCAUCAAUAGGUGGCAUUGCUUCGGAUGGUCGGUUCGAAUCAUUGGUUUUUUCAUCAUACCAUUUAUGGCCUUUGCAAUCGUGACAAUCAAGGCUUGCGUACCCCCAAGAACCACGAGGUUCUGGAUUCCCGAAGCAUACAAAGACCCGAAAUUCGUCCUUCUGAUUUUAUCGUUCUUCUUUACCUUCAUGAGCAUGUCCAUCCCGAUUAUCUACUUUCCGACAUACACAGUUACCAGAGGGAUGGGCCCAACGCUUGCAGGCCAUUUGUCUGCCAUUCUCAACGCUGCAUCGACAUUCGGCCGUAUCAUCCCGGGAAUCCUGGCUGAUAAAUACGGCAAACUGAACGUGUUUACAACUGGGGCUUUUGUUACCGGUAUCAUAAUCUUUUGCAUGAAUUACGCUACAACAAACGCCGGGUUAAUAGUGUACUCAGCUGUUUUGGCUUCACUUCCGGGAGCAUCAUUUCAGGAGCUUCUGCGGCCUCCUCCCUCUGCCCUAAAGACCUGCGAUAUAUGGGUACGUACAUGGGAAUGGGGACAUCUAUCAGCUCUUUUGGGGGACUGA